GCAAUCAUUGAGUCCGACGAGUCGACAGUGAUAAUGGGCGUCCAGGUGGAGGAGUCCAAGAUCGGCGCCAUGAUCGAGAAGGCCAAGUUCUACACCUCCCUCUGCAUGGGCACCACGGCAAUCCUCUCCGUCUUCGCCUUCCUGUUCCUGAUACCGUUCGUCGUCGAGCCGGCGAUAACCACCAUACUCGCGGACUUCUCGCCGCACCCGGUUGCCUGCGUGAGUACGAGUCACGUUUACGCGGAGGGCCUGAAGAACUGCUCGUGGGCGAGCUGCAGGGAAGGUUGCACCAGUGCCGCGAUUCGUUGUCAUCAGAUUAAGGUCAACUACACCAGGCUCCCGUACGAGGAGUUCGUGGCGAAGCCGCAGGGCUCGGUGCCGUGGGACGUCGCCGACACCGAAUUCUUCGUCAACACGGAAGGUUGCGGUUACCCGCCCAGGGUCAACUGUUCUGCCUUCGCGAAGAAAUACGCCUACGAGAAUAUGGGCAAGAUAUUUCCCUGCUACUACAGCAGGACGCAUCCGGAAACGGUUGUUGCAAGAUAUUCGUGGGAUGAGAACCUCAGGCACUUGGUGCUGGCCUUGAUCGUGCCCAUAGUGCUCUUCGCCGCGACGCUCGGCGUGCUUUGCUACUGGUAUUGCCCGCCGAUGGGCAAAACCUGCGGCGGACCGGGUCGCAAUCUCAUCGACAAGUAUGCUAGAAAGGAAGACAUCUUGGCAGAGGACGAGUUCGAGGAAGACGAAGAGGAAUACUGACUGCUACCAAGGGCUCACCCCCCGGCGCGGGAGUGAUGCCAGCGAAAUAAUCUCCGAGUGACUCCAGCGUACUUUACUUUAUAAAUUUAAGCGAUCGAGAGCAAUAGAGCGUUUUCUUUUUAGACAAGAAAAAUUUGCGAAGUCGAGCAAACGUGUCUCGUCGUUCUCGCUUCUUACGAGAUCACUUGAAACUAUGCUUCUAACGCUACAUCCGACUUACUUUGUUCUCUAAAUCUACUCUGGAUCAUGCUUUCAAUAAAUAUGAAACAUGCGCCUA